UCACGAGACCUUGGCAGACAACAACCAUGGCAGGAGCAGCUAGGACUUUCGCUCGUCUCUCAGUCAAUUCGACUAGCCUUCUGAAUUCUGCAAGUCGUGAGGCGGCUUCAACACGGCUAUUUAACACAGCUACAAAGCUAUGUGCUGUUAAAGUCCAGAAACCAGCUCCAGAUUUCAAGGGAAAGGCUGUUGUAAAUGGUCAGUUUCAAGAAAUCCAGCUCAGUGACUACAAGGGAAAAUACCUUGUGCUAUUCUUCUACCCGCUUGAUUUUACAUUUGUCUGCCCAACGGAGAUCGUAGCCUUCAGUGACCAUGCUGACGAAUUCAGGAAGAUGAACUGUGAAGUAGUGGCCGUGUCAACCGACUCUCACUUCAGCCACUUGGCGUGGAUCAACACUCCACGAAAGGCUGGUGGCCUAGGAGAAAUGAAGAUACCCUUGCUGGCUGAUUUCACGAAGAAAAUUGCUAGUGACUACGAUGUGCUGAUCGAGGAGGCAGGCAUUGCCCUUAGGGGCCUGUUCAUCAUCGAUCCCACCGGAGUCGUGAAGCAGAUGACCGUGAACGACCUUCCAGUUGGCAGGUCUGUUGAGGAGACGAUGCGACUUGUGCAGGCUUUCCAGUUUGUCGAGAAGCACGGAGAAGUAUGCCCAGCCAAUUGGAAGCCAGAUUCACCAACAAUCAAGCCUAACCCCAAGGAUUCUAUGGAGUAUUUCGAGAAGGUCAACUAAAAGGCAAAAACAAGUAACUGUAUACACAUAUAUAGUUUGCAAUACGUUGGUCACUAAAUUCGUCAGCAGAUGGCGCUGUAUAGCAAUUAGAAAUCGGUUGUUUCAUCAGCGCAAUGGGCUUUGCAAACGUUAGUGUGUAAAUACUACCUUGGCAACACAAUCAGGAGAAGGUUAGCAACACGACUGCGUUCAUUUAUCACAACAUUGGUUCAUUUCCUCGGUGAUUUCCUGAUUAUGUGAUCGCUUUUAGUCAGUUUAGUGCAAGCUCAAAUUGAGAGGCAAACUAUCGUGUGAAAUGACAUAGGGCUAAUUUAUUAGUAGUAUAAAAGCAUUACAGUAGGCUUAUACGGGCUGAAGAUGGUUACACUGUUUAUAUACUCUAAUAAAUUAGAUUGCCCUUAAAAAUUUACAUUAAAAGUCAUGAUGAAUGUUGUGUAGCACGAGUAUACAUUAUGAAUAAAUCUGGUUGUUUAGAUUUAAAA